CCGACUGUAUCAGCGCUGUGCGCCGUCGCUGCGCUGGAGUCUAGGGGAGAGACAAGCACGGGUAACAGCCUCCUAACAAAGAGGGUUUAAUAAAGUUUGGAAGUACAGGACGAUUGUGGCAGAGGCGGGAGGAUAUUGCGAGGGUAACAUCAGCGGGUUUGGGCAUCCUCUAAUCUCUCCCCUAGUUCUCUCCUGCACUCAGACACCAUCACCCAUUUCAGAUGUGCCUCUUCUAACAGUCCCACCAGCAUUAACUAAACCACGUUCUCAUUACCAAAGAGCGCUAACCACAAAACGCAUUUCAUAAACUCGCACACACACAUUCACACACACACCAGCAUUCCAACAUUCCAAAAGAACCUAUUCCGAAAACAGUUCAACAGAGCCAUAGGUUGUUGCAUAAACACAUCAUGGCCUCUGUCACCAAAUCGUCUAACCCCGAGAUCCCCGAUAAUCACAAGGAGAGCUGGCUGGCGCUGCUCGCGGCUGCUGAGGCCUACAGUCAGACGUCCGGUUGUGAUUUGGCGAUUUUGACCGCGUAUAAGAAGUUCCGUCCUCCCGGGGUUGAGGUGAAAGGAACAAGGAAUCAUGAAGGGGGUGGAACUCAGGUGCAGAAGUUUGAUUAUGCUUAUCAUGUUUGGGGACCAGGGGCCUUAGCUGAGUCUUCACGGCGAUACAUGGAUGACAUCGCAGUCCUGCACUCCACCACUGUACUGACGGCUCAAAGACACACCCCUCUGAAUAAAAAGGAAGGAGGAGCCAAGCUGGGUGUGGAUGUGCCAUCUGACAGGCUGAGCCUGACUGGAGAUGGAGUCGGGACUGUUAGUCCCAACAUGAGGCUCUAUUCUCAGAGCUACCCGUCGAUCUACAGCCCGGCCGCUGGUAUUGGCCAGGCUUGCGGUCAAUAUGGGAACGGAGAGCGUGACAGGGAGAAAGGGGUGAUGGAGGAACGUGAGAAGGGAAGAGAAAGGACGGAAAUUGAGGACUUGGAGGAAGAUGAUGAGGAGGAGGAGGAGGAGGAAGAUUUGGAGGGAAGGAGACGUAACCUAAAUGAAUCAGCAGGUGUCUUUUCAAUGGAUGAGGAUUCUCUGUCCCGGGACUGCGAGCCCUUCUUUGAGUCUGAUGGGGAGGAGGAGAGCACUGAUGGCUCUCUGAGUGAGGAAGCUCCUCCCCCUCCACGUGGCCUGGCUGUAGGUCACCUGGCAUCUCGCUAUUCUAAGCCCAUGGCAAUGGCUCGUUCACUGCCUGUCUCUAUACCAGUGUGGGGCAAACAUGCCCCUCAGGGCGACUCCCAUAGUGGAGAACGGGUGGGCUGCACGGACCUGGACCACAUAGCUGCCAGUAUGAAAGCCCUGCUGGUCCCCGGAGCCACAGACGGAACGGAGAUGUUUGGAGCACUGCCACGACCUCGCCUUAACACGGGCGACUUCUCUCUCAAGCACUAAGAGAAGACCAAUGUGUGCGUAUGUAUGUUUGAGCGCAAGUGAGAACGAACCAUGAGCAUGUUCGUGUGCGAAUGUGAUUUAAACCGAACUGGAGAGUUUGAUAGAUGUUUUUAACAAAGAUGUUGCCAAAUCUGACGCUUCUCCCACAUAUCAUUAGUACUUCUACGACACUGAAAGUGGCGAAACCUUUACCAGCCCUUCACAUCUGCAGCAGAAGGGGGAGAGGUUUGAUUAGCAUGUCUUAAUUGGAGAAUUUCUUUUGACGGAUGGUUAUGGCAGACUUCAGUUACAUAGUGCAUUUCAUUGAGAAACACUAACAGAGCAAAAGUACAUCAUUACAUUACUAAUCAUACCCAGCAACUCUCCUCUGAAAUGUGGGAUUUACUGAGAGUAUAUGAGCCUAUUUACACGCUGAGAUACUCUCACAUCCAUCACCAGAGGAGCAUUGUACAUUAGCAGA